AUGUCAGAAGAGUCCCUGAACGUUACUUAUUCCCCGGAGGGUGAGGAUGAGAUGGGGACCAGCGAAAGCGCAAAUUCACCGCUGUCCGCGCCCAACUGUACUAAACUGCAACUGCAGGAUCAUAUUAAAGCCUUUAUGGAGAAGACAAAGCUUGAAAGGGAGGUUGAGACUUUAACAUGUAGUAGUGAGUUGAUAGACAAAGUGGUAUUAAAUUACAUUAUUGCUAAAAAGAUAUUGAGUAACUUGUCGUGGCAAGAUAAGUUGCUGUGCAAGCAAGUGUGCAGUACGUGGCACUCUGCAGUCCAAGCUUUGCGAAGGGAACAAUUGGGGCCCGUUGACUUUCUGUUGAACUUGCAUUCACAAACUGUACUCACUUGGGCGGUUUUAAAAAAGUCGGGUGAAUUUUCCACUGAGCCAUUGGUUGUCAUGACAUUUGUUUCUGCCUCAGGCUUGGACAUGACAUGCCGAUGUAGGUUUAUUGAGCCUACCCUUUGUUUUGAUCCUGAAUGUCAGAGUGAUCAUAGUUUGCUGGAUGCCCUCCAAAUAUACACAAGUGGACCAAAAAAGUGUAUGAACACAAUACGAACAGAUUACCUUUCAUACAUGCCCCUGCCAACCUCUGUCACAUAUGAACAUACCUUCUUACACAUGAAAUUUGACCCUUAUAUGGUUGGAGUAUUUAUUCCAGUCAUACCAGAUGUGAAGUUUCACACGAUCAAUAUCAAAUGUAUUGAUAACAUGCAACAGGAGUUUUAUGAUGUUGUACGGGAAAUAGCAAAUGAUAGAAUAUUCAAAGGUAUAUUUGUGUAUGUGACAGACAAGUAUCUUUUGCAUUCUGUUGAGGACAUUGUCUUCUUGAAUCAUUUCAAAGAGGUGCAACCAGACAUACCCUAUGCCAUUGGAGGUUGUAUCAUAGAAGACGCAUUUGAGCAACCUGAUAUUGCUAAUGGUGUGAUUGAAGCAAUCAAUGAGUACCGGGAGUUUUUCAGUGAGAACCUAAUUUCUAUUAGUGUGUUCACUGUACCAAAGAGUCCAUUGAGCAAUGAGUUCAACUUUGAUAUGUACUCCCUUGUUUUGGAUUCAUCUUAUUGGUCGAAGGAGAAGAUACAGCAAGGUAUCAAUGAGUUUUCAAAAAGAGUGCCUCAGUUUGAAUACAGCGUCGCCAUCAAGCUGGCUUGUGUUGGUCGGGACAAGAAGCACAAAUGGGAGCAGGACUGCUUUCGGGCAGUUUUCCCCAACACAAGAAUCGUCGGUUGCUAUGGAAACGGAGAGUUGGGUGUGGACCACCCGCCGAAACCACCUGAAGAGUCGCCACAUUCAUCAGCCAAAAGACACUGCAGGUCCAGUGGCCCUCAGUUUGGUAUAGUAUAUUCGUAUUCCAGUGUUUUUGUUUAUAUGGGAUGGGGAAAGAUAUUGUCUAAUGGGCCCUGUUAAGCCCAACACUUGUGCCAAUUUCUGGGUAUGCCACGGCCAACUUAACCCUGACACACGACACGCUAGUGAAUCAUGUCCAGUAAGUUAUAAUGUUUCAAUAUUGUUUUGACAAUUUCAUACAAGUUUUAUAUGAAAACGUCAAAACAAUAUUAAAACAUUAACUUCUACUUUAAGCGAUGGUAGUAUGGCUCCUAGAAGCAUUGGCGUCCACAGUCCAAACUGUAAAGCUCGAUGAAAUGUGACGUGAUUCGUACAAAUCGAAAUACAUACCGUGCGGUUUCAGUAGUAGGAUAAAUGUUUAUAUAUAACUUAUUACAAUAUUUAUAUGUCAGUACUGUACAGUGAUCGCAAAACAAGUAGUCCAAUAUAAAGUCAAAAAGAAGACAGGACAGUAUAGAUUGUUACUCACGUAUUUAGUCGACGUAAACCCACUAGUUUUUAACCCGUCUGGGAUCUUAUUAGGGUUUCGUACCUCAAAAAGAAAAAUGGAACUCUUAUAGGAUCACUGGGUCUGUCGGUCCGUUUGUCAUGUCUGUCAAGAAAACCUAUAGGGUACUCCUCGUUGACCUUAUAGGUCUUAUAGGAUUUUUUUAGGAAAAAAUCCGAAACCUGUGAAUUUGUGGUUAUAUCACACACAAAAAAAAAAUUAAAUAUGUUUACAAAAAAUUUCAUUCACUAAACCACAUAUAGAUGGUGCAGACCGUUAUUAACUUGCAGAGUUCUACAUAAAUGUGUUAGAUAUAUCUUGUACGAUUGUACGGAACCCUUUGCAUGCGAGUACGAUUCGCACUUGACCGGUUCUUCAUAGGGACUCAGCUCGCUGUGCGUCGCGGUUCAGCCUAUACUUAUAAUGGAAAUCACUCACGAUAGUUUAAACGUUAAGACAGGAUUGAAUACAAAAGCCCAGCUGAGGUUGUUUGUACAAAGCGCAUUGAUACGCCUCAUGUUUAGAUUGGACUACAUGUUUUGCGCACAGUAACCUAAGCACUAUUAUGAACAAAUUGUAGAACUAUUUAUAAUUCAAGGUACUAUCUAAAUUAAGAAUUAUGUUUCUGUAUGUUUACUAAGUAAGUUAAGUAUGGGUAGUUAAUAUGCAUAUAUUAUAAUAAAUACUUAUAAUC